AUGGUCAACGCCCCAAAUUUUCUCACGUACAAAAUUCACGAAAUAAGGUUGAACGAUACAUGUGUGGUCAGAGAUCCGGCUCUGCUUCAUGCAGCAGCAUAUCUACCUGGUAUAGCGGAAAUAGCACUUGCAAAGCACUGCCUCGUAUUUCGACUCGUCUUCUGGAUAUCGGGUCUUGUCUUCAAAGUGAUACCAUGCUGCCUUUUAUCGUUAUUCGUCUGGUUACUGCUCGGUAUACUAAAAGAGGUGAAAGCGAAUCGAGAAAGAUUGCUGAACACUCAUCACAAUGCAGCAAAAUCCAACGGCAAGCUUGUUGUAGUCACAUCAAACGACAAACAUCAACGGACGAGUAGCGUCAGAGGCAGCAGAGGUGAGAAGGCCGAUCGUACGACUAAGAUGCUGUUGGCUAUUGUUUUCGUUAUGUUGUUCACUGAAAUGCCUCAAGGUAUCAUGGCCCUGUUAUCAGGUAUGAUCUCGCAAGAGUUCCGACGUCAUAUCUACAAUAACCUGGGCGACCUGCUGGACUUAUUCUCACUAUGUGAAGCAUGCAUGUCGUUCAUCAUCUACUGUUCCAUGAGCGGACAAUUUCGAAAUGAAUUCCAUCGUGUCUUCAUUCCAAAAUCGGUGAAUUGCUCUCGACGACAGCCGUCUGUUCGUCGGCCAUCAGAUACAUAUACCAAGAUGUCGUAUCUGAAACCGAACGAUGCGUACGAGAACGGCUCAUCCACCUAUUCUGAUUUAGAUAGAAGUGGAGUCGUCAAGGUGAUCAUUGACCAGAGCUCAAGCCGCGCGGAUAUCACUCGUAUCACACCCUCACCCGGAAUUACCUCAUCAACACAGGACGAACCGGCGAUGGAUGACGACGAACGUAGUCAGCUUCUAGACAUGAAAAACGCGAUCGUCAAUGGUAGCAUUAAGGAGCAGCAAUUCAAAAACAUUUGA